GCACGCUGUGGUUUGAAUGCUGCAGCAACAGUAACACACGCAUUGUCAGUCCUCUGUUAAUGACUCUUCAUACAACAACAGCAACAUGGGCCUCUUUGUUCUAAGCGCCAAAACUCCAGAUCUGUUGUUUCAUGUUCUGUUACUCCUGGCAACAGCCAAGUCUUUGCAUGCAGGAGUGAACACAACAACGGGCCCUACCGCCACCACCCCUACGGAGGGCAACAGCAUCACAAUAAAGACGACCACCGCAACGAUAAAACCAUUCAGUGGCAGAGCAAGCACACCCAAUGACACCGCUCCACCACAAGUCACGCAAGCAAACAGCACACACAAUGAAAGCCAUUUUUCAGACAUACCGAGCACAACUAAACACACAGACAACACUUCUGACUUAACGAACAUCACCAGUCCUUCAUCGAAGACCACCACUGACACGACAGUUUCAACAGUGGUGUCCUCCGGGACAACUGAAACAACUGUAGCAGCAGCAGCAGCAGCAGAACCUGGAGGAGGAGGGGCUGUGAUCCUGAUCUUUCUACUGCUUGCCAUUAUAGUUCUCGGAGUUCUUCUGUACUACCUGCGCAAGAAAUCAAGGAGUUACUCGUUUGACCUCUCCACCCCUUUCAAUGACCAAGCAAGUGACAACACACCCCUGAAACCGACGGAGAUGGAGACGUUUCAGCCCAAAGACACGGAAACUCCAGCAACUCUCCCGUCUGUGGUUAUUGAGAGUGCUGAAAACAAGCCGGACAGCCCAAUAGCCAAUGGGAGUGUGGAGGGACCAGGGGAUCCUGUCAUCACUCUUGACAAUGGAAGCAUCAAAUCAGAUCCCUCAGAGUGUGGAUCACAGACAGAAUGCCUACCGAGGGAUUCCACAGAUGUUGACGUGGAGCAGCAACCAGGCAAUGAGAACAACAACAACUUCACAGUUGGCACCAAGGCAACAGCAGGACUCAAGAGUGGAGAGGUCAACUUUACAGAGAUCAGCCUUAAUUAGGCCGCAGGAAGACACCUUUAAACAAUAACCCUCGACCUUUAACCUCACCCUGAGCCUCACUCUUAAAGGACAACUCUGGUUACUCAAAAUACUCAGAUUAACAGCGUUUUGGUCCCCAAGGAAAGUUAACACUUGUUAUCAUUCAAAAAUAGACCCUUAGUUAGACCGGUGUGUCCUUGAAUACUGACUUCUUCUUCAUUGUUUGACAUUGCUUUUUACCCAGUUUAGUUCUUUGUUACCCACAGUUCCUUGUACUCGUUGAUGUGCCCCCAAGACCAUUAUUUUUGGCACCUUCGUCUUAGUUUAUUGGGUUCUAAUGUGAUGGUUAUUUAUGUGGUCACUUGCAACAAACCCUAGCCUGGGUGAACCCAGACUGAUUCUCGAAAGAGAACUGGUGUGGAAAUCCUUGGUUCACUUCUGAUUUCCAAGGGGCGUAACCCAGCCUGAUGUAGCCAACUCAAUUCUUGUCAGAAUCUAAGUCUGGAACUGGAGCACUGGGACGUGAUAAUGGGGCGUGUUUCAACCGAUACAAGAGGAAAAAUGCCUCUGCAUUAGAUAGACCUAACCAACUGGUGCAACAAAAUAGCCUACCAUGAAUCCUGUAGACAGUCAAAACAUGCUUUUUCUUGGCAAAUGUCUUAAUCACUGUUUUCAGAUGCGAUAGCAAUAUCUAAAUGCCUAGCUUCUUUAGGAACAGGCUUUUUGCUGUAAACAAAAUCAACCGAAGCGCGCUCAGGUCAUGUGAAUGAAAAGGCACCGUUGCUCAUCUGUCCAUCAAGCCCGACUGGACAAUUUGAUUGGUCGGCUGAUUCUGAUGCGGGCAUAGGGGGUUGUCAAUGGAGCAAAGCCCGACCUAAUUUCCCGACGGAAAUUAGCGGGAUGUAGGCGGGAUUAAUUUUGGGCUGGCUUCCAGGCUAGGCGUAACCAGUAAUGAAAUGAAACUGUACCGAUUCUAUGUGAUUGCUAAAUGUGCAUUUGUCACAUUUGGCUCCUCGUGAUCUGCUAGCUCUCCAUUACGUGAAUACACUGAAAAAUCUGGUCUUCGGACAGGUGGCAGGUUCGUCUGAGUUCACCCAGGCUAAGCAAACUCUCAAAACACACACACACACACACACACACACAAC